AUAAACCUGAGACGAUAGCGGGGUUGGCCUAAGCCCUUAUCAAACAUCUAAAUCCGUGGCGAUAGAGAGAGAGAGAGAGGAGGAGAAGNAGAGAGAGAGAGAGAGGGAGAAGAAACACUGAGUUACUGAGUUGGAACAGCGACACCUGCUCUUUCCGAGUUUCGGAAAUAUGGGAGAUAUGGAUCCUUCUCGAGGUUUUGUUAAAGACGUUAAGCGUCUGGUCAUCAAGGUUGGGACUGCUGUUGUUACUCGAACUGAUGGACGAUUAGCACUUGGAAGAUUAGGAGCACUAUGUGAGCAGAUUAAAGAAUUGAACUCUCAAGGAUAUGAGGUUAUUUUGGUGUCAUCAGGUGCUGUCGGGCUUGGUCGCCAAAGGCUUAGAUACAGGAGAUUAGUUAACAGCAGCUUUGCUGAUCUUCAGAAACCACAAGUAGAACUUGAUGGAAAGGCAUGUGCAGCUGUUGGACAAAAUAGUCUUAUGGCCCUGUAUGAUACAUUGUUUAGUGAGCUGGAUGUUUCAUCAGCUCAACUUCUUGUAACAGAUAGCGACUUUAGAGAUGGAGAUUUUAGGAAGCAACUAAGUGAAACAGUGAAGUCUUUAUUAUCGCUGAGAGUUAUUCCAAUAUUUAAUGAAAAUGAUGCAGUCAGUACCAGGAAAGCUCCAUAUGAGGAUUCUUCUGGUAUAUUUUGGGAUAAUGACAGUUUAGCAGCUCUACUGGCAUUGGAACUAAAAGCUGAUCUUCUUGUUUUGUUGAGUGAUGUGGAGGGUCUUUACAGUGGCCCUCCAAGUGAUCCGAAAUCAAAGCUAAUCCACACAUAUGUUAAGGAAAAGCAUCAGGGUGAGAUUACCUUUGGAGACAAGUCGAGGGUGGGUAGAGGGGGUAUGACUGCAAAAGUAAAAGCUGCUGUCAAUGCAGCUAAUGCUGGCAUUCCUGUUGUUAUUACCAGUGGGUAUGCAGCUGAGAACAUACUAAAAGUCCUCCAAGGAAAACGGAUUGGUACACUCUUUCAUCAAAAUGCACAUUUGUGGGAACCAAUUAAAGAAGUUGGGGCCCGUGAAAUGGCAGUUGCAGCAAGAGAAAGUUCCAGAAAACUUCAGGCAUUGUCUUCACAAGAACGGAAAAAGAUUUUACUAGACAUAGCUGAUGCUCUUGAAGCAAAUGAAAAGGUGAUCACUAUUGAGAAUGAAGCUGAUGUUGCUGCUGCACAACAGGCUGGAUAUGAGAAAUCCUUGAUAUCCCGGCUAGCUCUGAAGCCUGGGAAGAUUUCAAGCCUUGCAAAGUCUAUUCGUGUGCUUGCUAACAUGGAAGACGCAAUUGGCCGUGUUUUGAAGAAAACCCAGCUUGCAGAUGGACUCAUUUUGGAGAAAACAUCAAGUCCUUUGGGUGUUCUUUUGAUUGUUUUUGAAUCUCGACCUGAUGCACUUGUACAGAUAGCCUCGUUAGCUAUCCGAAGUGGAAAUGGGCUUCUCUUGAAAGGGGGAAAGGAGGCCAAGCGAUCAAAUGCUAUUUUGCAUAAGGUAAUAACUGAAGCCAUUCCAGACACUGUUGGUGGCAAAGUUAUUGGACUUGUGACUACAAGAGAGGAGAUUCCUAAUCUUUUGAAGCUUGAUGAUGUGAUUGAUCUUGUGAUCCCAAGAGGCAGCAACAAACUUGUUUCUCAAAUCAAGAGUUCAACCAAAAUUCCAGUUCUUGGUCAUGCAGAUGGAAUUUGCCAUGUAUAUGUUGAUAAGUCUGCUGACAUGGAUAUGGCAAAGAAGAUUGUUUUGGAUGCAAAAAUAGAUUAUCCUGCUGCUUGUAAUGCAAUGGAAACUCUUCUUGUACACAAGGAUUUAGUGCAGACUGGUGCACUUAAUGACCUAAUUAAUGAUCUUCAUAUAGAAGGUGUUAUUUUAUAUGGUGGGCCAAGGGCAAGCAACUUGUUGAGUAUCCCACAGGCACGUUCAUUUCAUCAUGAAUACAAUUCAAUGGCCUGCACUGUUGAAAUAGUCGAUGAUGUGGGUGCAGCCAUCGAUCAUAUCCAUCAUCAUGGAAGUGCACACACAGAUUGUAUCAUCACAGAGGACCAGGAAAUUGCAGAAAUCUUCCUGCAUCAAGUUGACAGUGCUGCUGUUUUCCACAAUGCAAGCACAAGAUUUUGUGAUGGGGCUCGAUUCGGGCUAGGAGCUGAGGUUGGGAUAAGUACAAGUAGGAUUCAUGCUCGGGGUCCUGUUGGAGUUGAAGGGUUGUUAACAACAAGAUGGAUUCUCAAAGGAAGCGGACAGGUGGUGGACGGUGAUAAAGGGGUCACUUAUGUUCACAAAGACGUACCUGUUGAUUCUUGAAAAUGCAAAGGCAAAAUGCCUGAAGCUGCUGAUGGGUUUCCUCUUUGUCAUUUCUGUCUUAUUAUCCUUUUAGUUUUUAGGGGGAAGGAUUGGUGUUGAUAGGAGUCUUUGGUCAGGGUGUUAUUCUACCCUUUGUACUGUUAUGAAAUUCUAGUUAUGGUCUAUUCUUAUGUUCUUUAGAAAUAAACAGCAAUUAAGUUAUUUCUUUUGAGGGUGAUAAAGAGAAACUGAGAGUAGUUUGGUUGUGUAGUCCCCAAAGUGGAGUAAAAAAAAGUUUGGUCGUAUUCUGAUAUAAUUUGUGAAUUCAGGGAUUCUGCUCUAGUACUAGAAUUCCCACCAAUUCCAACCAAUUGUUUUAUUGUACUAUAUAUUUGGGAAAUUGAAAAGAUGUCUUUCUCAUUA